AUGGCAGACGCUACUGUGAAAUCAACGAGGAUGAGAUCAAUGCAAGAAAGACAGAAAACAGCGCAGAAAGGCUGGUCCGGCGCAGGGCAGAGGAGCCAGGCCUUCGCCGGCGCUUGCGUCGAGAAGGGGGGCGGCUGUGACGAAGAUGCGCAGCUCCGGGAUCACCUUGAUGUCGUUUUCGCCGACGGUUGUCGCGAGGGGCAUCCGACACUGCAACACACUUGGCCCAGGGAAAGUGAGAUUGGCAUGGCGGACGGCUACGCGCAGUGGCUCGACCGCCUGGACUCCCGGUCGAUGGCGCGUGCCGAGGUCAUCUCGUGGGCUUCCCUGUUGGAAUGCCCGGCAGCUGCUUGUGCAUCGCUGGCCGUGCUGGCCCUGGGGGCUGCUGGCUCUGUGUCUGCUUUUGUCAAAAUGGUGGAGCUCGACACCUCCGAGGAGACGCAGAAGUUCAUUCUGGAUGCAGCCCGCCGCAUGCAAUUCUGCUAUGAUGAGCUGCUGACCAACACGCACCAGCAGCGGCUGUUCGGCUACCUCGGGAUGAUUGUGGCGGCGCUGGAGCUUGCCCUGGCUCACCUGCGCAGUUGGUCACAUGAAAUUCGGCCCCGAAACCCACACCACGAGGACGGCCGAACAGUGUGGCACGACUACUACAGCGGCCUUUACCCACCGGUGAACUACUCGGAGCAGUUCGAGACUUGUCCGGGGGGCUUCACCUCCAUCGCAUGUCUUCCGUUCGCUUGGACGACUGCUGACUUAGCCGGAGUGAAGCAGCGGUUCCUACACAUCUCAGUCUGGGGAUAUCAGACCGGAGAUGCCGAGGGGAGCCGGGUGAUCAGAUGUACGCCUGAUUUCAACUUCGCCAAGAAGCACCGCAGCAAGAUCUCUGCAUGGUCGGUUAAGAGCAUUGAUGCCUUCAUUGAUCGAAAGUCCCUUUGUAGGGGUCGCGCCCCUGAAAGCAUGCUCAUGGCGAUCCGACGCCGAUAUCUCAUGGCCUGGGGCAACCGGAACUUUGUCUCGAAGAGACCCGGCUUUUCAUCUACUCAGCGAUGUUCGGACUUCGCGUUGGUUCGACCCUUCGUGCUGCAGGACGUGCUUCAGACUUCUGCCUGCCCAGCAAAGGCCCUGACAUCGAAGCUCCACCCAUGGCAGCAGUCGCCCAAAGCCGUCACCGAUGCCCUGCAGGAGUUGAAGAAGCUGAAGCGCGGCGACCUCAUGGGUGAGCUCCUCCUGGUGCUCGCAAGCGAGAAGGGCCGGCAAUGGGCCAUGGCUUUGCAGCUCUUCUCCUCGAUGCCUCUAGCCGCCCUGUGCUUUGGCUCGGCCUCGAUGAAGCCGAACGUCAUCACCUUCUGCGCAUCCAUCAACGCCUGUGCCCGGGCGGCCCUUUGGCAAGCGGCCGUCCACCUCUUCAGCUCGAUGCCGGAUGCCCAGGUUAUUCCCAACGUCAUUAGCUACAACGCGACGAUCAGCUGCUGCGAGAAGGGUGGCCACUGGCAAGCAGCGCUUCAGCUGUUCGCGUCCCUGCCGGAUGUCAAGCUUGCACCGGACGUCAUCAGCCACAGCGCCGCGAUCAGCGCUUGCGAGAAAGGUGGGCAGUGGCAAGCCGCCUUGCAGGUCUUUGAGGGCCUGUUGCAUGCCAGCAUUACUCCAAAUGUAAUCAUCUACAGUGCUGCCAUCAGCUGUUGCGAGAAAGUCGGGCAGUGGAUGGCAGCCAUGUCGCUCUUUGGCGCCCUGCGGAAAGAGGGCGUGGCCCCCGAUACCAUCAUCUACAGCUCACUGAUCAGCUCCUGUGCGAAGGGUGCACAGUGGCAGCUGGCAGUUCAGCUGUUGGAUGCGAUGGCUUGCGAUCAGUUGGCUCCCAACGUCGUCAGUUACAGCGCCACGAUCAGUUCUUGUGAGAAGGCUGGGCAGUGGGAGUCGGCACUGCACCUUUUCACUGCCAUGGCCGACGCCCGAAUCGCCGCGAAUGUGGUAAGCUGCGGUGCGGCCAUCUCCGCCUGUGAGAAAUCCGCACAGUGGCGGCUUGCUCUGCGCAUCUUCGGCCAGAUGCCACAGUGCGGGUUGGAGCCGAACCUGGUCAAUUGCAAUGCUGCUCUCAGCGCUUGCGAGAAGGGUGGGGCCUGGCUCCUGGCCUUGCACCUCUUCUCAUCCAUGCCAAGACGUCUUCUCAAGCCAGAUGUCUUGAGCUACAACGCCGUCAUCAACGCCUGUGGCAGAGCUGGGCAGUGGCAGCUGGCGUUGGACAUGUUCCAUGGUCUCCCCGAAGCGGGGCUCACACCGAGCAUCGUGAGCUUCAACUCCACCCUCAGCGCCUGCGCUCGGGGAGUGCAGUGGCAGCUCGCCCUCCACCUGUUUGCAUCUCUGCCGCGCGCCCAGCUGACACCCGACGACGUCAGCUACAACGCCGUGCUCGACUCUCUGCAUGACAAGCGCCUUGGGCCGACUCUCUUCGAGGAGGCCGUGGAGGCGGGAAUCUAUGGCAACUUGUGCGCUGAAGGGCCAGGUUGCCUGGACCUACACGAACUCUCCCCAGGUGCUGCCCAGAGUGCCGUGAGGUGGUGGCUCACAAGGGUGCUUCCGCCCGUCCUGAGCCAACACAAGCGCCUUCGGUGCGUCAUCAUCACCGGCUGGGGGAAGUCUCGCCCUGCGUGGUCGACGUCAGACGUCCAGGCCUCCGUCCUGUCCUGGUUGGGGAGCCAGGGCCUUCCCGCGAAGAGGCAGCCGGGAAAUCUGGGCCGGCUCACUUUGGAUCUGCGGGCGCAAGACCUCUCGGCACUGAGAGGGCCGAAAGCUUAG